GGGGUGCAAGGUGUAGGUAGGUACCGGGAGGGAAGACUUGGGCGACAAAUCCAGACCCCGCCAAAUUUAUCAGCACCGCCAAAUCUUUGAUAGAAGAUUCUCCCCAUUGCCUCGACUUGCCGACUCAUAGCCGCGACACAUUCAUUUUGACUAGUCGACCGCGACCCCUUCGUUCAUCUACCUGUAACCACAACGAGAUCUUUUGCUUUAUACCGCGAAGACAGUCCACUAUGUGCAAACACAUUCUCAACGCGCAAGUCGCAAUCAGGUCACCCUGCUGCAAAAAAUGGUUCGACUGCGCCGAGUGUCACCAUGAGCAGGAAAAGCACCCCCUGCUCCAGAGCCUUGAAAUGGUCUUUGCCUGCAAGAAGUGCAAAAAAUGCUUCCGCAAAGACGCCCAGGAAUUCGAAGACGCCGACGAAUACUGCCCGCACUGCGAUAACCACUUCGUCAUUGAGGCCAAGACACCCAAGGCAGCCAUCUCUGUCGAGGGCGAGGACGCUCGCAAGGACAGCCGUAUGAUCAAGGACGAGCGUGUCCGCCAAAUCGCCGGACGCUCAAUAUUCGACCCAACCGACGAUGCGGACAAGCUGGGCUAAACUGGGGGAGGUCAGCCGGUUUUACGAGCAUCAGUGUGGCAGCAAGCGAUUUUAUGGACACCGUUUUUGUAGAUUUUCCACGGUCUA